CGUACAUUGUACUGUCGAUAAAACAAUAUUGUACUUUAUACUUUCGUUUUAACACCAACGUUCUGAAGCUGUCCACGUGUUUUUAUUUUCUCUUUGUUUCUAUAGAACUUUUAAUUAUCGUACAUUCUCUAAUGAUGGCCGGUCUGCUGCAGAAAGAAGAUUUCGAUGAGCUGUUAAAAUGGAUUGGGGGACGGAGGAAGUUCCGACUGUUGUACAAGAUCACCAGGGACGGAUGUUCGGCGCCCACCUUCCACUCCAAGUGUGACGGCAAGGGAAUGUCCGUCACGGUGCUCAGUAACCCCAGCGACACGGUGUACGGGGGAUUCACCUCCCAGAGUUGGACCAGCGCCGGGGCGUACGUCCCGGACCCCAAGGCUUUUCUGUUUCAACUCAAGUUCAACGGAAAAUCGUCUUACAAACAGUUCGCAAUAAAACCUGAAAAAAUCGCUUAUGCAGUUUACUGUCAUUCGAAAUAUGGCCCAACAUUCGGAGAUGGUUAUGACCUUUUUACAUUUUCAGGAAAUUUGACAGCGUGUAACGGUGAAUUUAAAUUUGAAAAAGGAUGUUCUCUCGACAACACCUACAACAUGAAAGGAACAGACUACAGUGCGUUUGCCAAUGGGAACUUGCAAGUAAAAGAAAUGGAGGUUUACCAAGUGGAUGAUUGCGACAUGAAUGAUCCUCUAGAAAUUCCAUGGAGAAGAACUCCAGAGUGGACAACAAGGCUGAUGCAAGAGCUGAAAGAGGAAAUAGAAAACUACAAGCCCCUGGAACAGCUCAAGAUCCAGCAGACGAAGAUCCUGUUGAUUGGUCAGAUCGGGGCGGGAAAGUCCAGCUUCUUUAACACAAUCAACUCCAUCUUCCGGGGCUACGUCACAAGUCAGGCGUGCAGCGGUACAGCUGAACACAGUCUGACCACACAGUAUCGGUCCUACCAAGUUAGGAAUGGUCCGUCUCGGAAGCCUCUCAACUUCCGGUUGUGUGAUACACGUGGUCUGGAGGAGGGUCAGGGGAUUGAAGCCCAGGAUGUGUGUUAUAUCUUGGAUGGCCAUACCCCAGACAAAUAUGUGCGUCAAAAGAACAAAACACACAUCACUAAGAUUUGUCACUGCCUGUAUACAGAAAUAUGUCGGGUUGUCAGCUUCGCCUUGCCUUCCCUUUUUACUCAGUUCAACCCGUCUCUUCCACUGAGCUCAGAUAUCCCAGGAUUCAUCAAGGCUCCCAAACUGAAAGACCGGAUUCACUGUGUGGCAUUUGUUCUUGAUGCUUCCUCUGUUGACAUCAUGUCAGAGCAAAUGCUGGAGAAAAUCAAAAAGCUACAAACAGCAAUGAACCAAAGAGGUCUUCCUCAAGUUGUUUUACUGACUAAGAUUGAUAAGAUUUGCGCGUCUUUGCAAGAUGACGUAGGACUGACGUACUACAUCCCCACAGCCCAAGAGUACGUGGAUAAAGUGUCGGAGAUGAUUGGUCUUCCUAGAUCACACGUGAUCCCCGUCAAGAACUACGAGAGCGAGCGAGAACUCAACGACAACAUCAACAUACUGAAUCUGUUGGCUAUGCAGCAGAUUCUGCACUUUGCAGACGACUACCUGUACAAUUACCUUGACGACCUGGACAACGAACAAAUAGGCACUGCCGACUAGACGGAACAAGUUCUGACGUCAUUGUUAAUACAUAACGUUAGGCAAUUAAUAAUGUUUCUAACGAACUGUUUCAGGUUGCAUACAUUUCACAUAACGUUUUAAUAAAAGUUGAUAUCUAG